CGGUUGGCGUCACCAUAUAUAAAGAUCGCCGGGAGUUCCUGAAAAAUCACAUUCAGUGUCCUAAGCCGAACAAUGGUUAACAUGAGCUAUCACCAAUCUCAACUAAAAUAUUUACACAGUCCGAACCCAAGACAGUCGAGAAAGCGAAGUACUAAAAGGAAAAGGGCUUUUGUUUCGCCGUCCUGUUCUCUGAUUCCAUGACGUAAUGCCUUGGCUGGGAGAACCAGCGCAGCCUUACCUCACCACAUCCGAGAAACACAGCCUGCAGUUGCAUAAAUAUCACCUUUCUGAACAUCUAUUCUUCAAAGAAUACAUGAUAGAAAUAUUCUUCAUAAAAUUAUUGGCCAAGAAUUGGGCUGCAUUUAUUGAUGAAUGUCUCCUUGUCUAUGUCAUGCUGUGUUGAGGUCCCAGGUUAUUUCACGUCCACCAAGUGGUUUUUAAAGUACCUUUAACUAUUUAAUGUCAACGAUAAACCUCUAUUUUUAGAAGAAAAAAAAUGUUGCGUGUUGGGAAGAUUGCAUGUGGAAAUCUAUUUGUUCUUUUUCACGAGCUUGUGUAAAUCGAAAUCAAGGAUGUUUUGAUCGAAAUAGAAUUCAUUUUGGACUGUGGCAGGAGCCCUCGAGGCCCUACGGAGUGACCGGUUUUUGGAUGAUUUUCCACACACACACUCACACACAUUUUUUUCUUUUUACCAGAAAAUUACCAGUUAUUGUAUUAAUUUAAUCCACAUCAAAUCAGUUUUAUAGGCCUGCCUUCAACCAUUUUUAACAAUGCUUUGUCAAACUUGUUGGGACAAAUUAUCGCCAACGACCAAUUGCCAGACUUGAUCCUAAGAGGCUUUCAGAAGUCCUGGUCCAGCGCGUUCCAGCGUGUGUCGACUGAGUAACGGAGCGAAGGAUGACUGCCGAGUGGCUUCACCUGCCCUCUCCGUACCCCCCAGGUGUGGGACCGCUGUGUGGUGCAGAGUUGGAGGCGUGGUAUGAGGACCUGCAGGAUAUACUGGGAUCAGACGGGGGCGGGGCCAAACUGGCACGUGCCCCUCCCUGCUCUGAGAAGGAGCCGGAGUUCCUAGAUGUUCUGGAGAGUUGUUCCCUGACAUGGCUGACAGACGGGGUGGGAGUGGGUGUCGGGGGCGAGGCGUGGGACGGAGGUGAGGGGGUCCAGAGGGUCACGAUCCCGGAGGAGCCUCCUACCCAUCCACCCCACCACACCUCCUCCAACACCUCCCGUCCGAGUCCAGCUGAGGAAAGGGUGGAGAGGCAAGGGGACAGGGAGGGAGGGAGGGAUGGAGAAAGAGGUGGCUCAGGAGGAGGGGGCCUUUUGCCCCCAGAGUUCUUUGAGUUGCUGAACGAGGGAGGGGUGGGCAUGGUGGAGACCGGAGGGGUGGGCAUGGUGGAGACAGGAGGGAUCAUGGUGGAGACAGGAGGGAUCAUGGUGGAGACAGGAGGGGUCAUGGUGAGCGGUAGCCACCACCAUCAUCAUCAGCUUCAUCAUCACUCCGACAAUGUCCAACAACCUGAGUCUCCCUCCGCCAGCGAGGAGGAAAACACCUGUGUCCCCGACUCUCCCUCCUGCUCUUCCUCCGCCUCUCCCUCCUGCUCUUCCUCUGCCUCUCCGUCCACCUCUCUCAACUGCUCUCCUCCUUCCUCUCCUACUAGCACCUCGUUCUCCUCGUCUCGGCAGGACAAACGCAAGAGGGGCAACUCUCUGUCCUUCCCUUCCUCCGGCUCACACUCAUCCUCCUCUUCUGCAAAGAAGAGCAGGAGAGAGAGGGAGCAGGAGAACGAGAGGAAGGUGCAGGAGCUGACAGAUCAGAACGAGAGGUUGAAAGCGGAGAUAGACCGACUGGGAGAGGAGGUGCAGAGGACACGCCGAGCCCUGAUAGAGAGACUAGUUAACACCAGGAAGUGAGGGAGGAAGGAAGUAACAAGGCAGAAAAUGAGCAUUUGGAAUAGCAGGUUUGCGGUGAAGGGUUUAACAUGAUGGUGACUUUGAAAUGCAUUUUCUAGACAGCAUUAAGAGAGAAACCAAAAUAUAUGUUUUAAGAAGAAAGUUAAAUGAUCAUUUUCUGAAAAACUGUAUGAGAAAGUAAGAAGGAAAAGGGGUAGAGAUAAAGAAAGAGCGAGCGAUGGAAGAGCAAGUCAAAGGAAAAGCACGGAGAGAAAGAACGGUUGCAGACAGAUGGACGGUGGCAGACAGAUGAACGGUGGCAGACAGAUGGACGGUGGCAGACAGAUGGACGGUGGCAGACAGAUGGACGGUGGCAGACAGAUGGACGGUGGCAGACAGAUGGACGGUGGCAGACAGAUGAACGGUGGCAGACAGAUGGACGGUGGCAGACAGAUGGACGGUGGCAGACAGAUGGACGGUGGCAGACAGAUGGACGGUGGCAGACAGAUGGACGGUGGCAGACAGAUGGACGGUGGCAGACAGAUGGACGGUGGCAGACAGAUGGACGGUGGCAGAUAGAUGAACGGUGGCAGACAGAUGAACGGUGGCAGACAGAUGGACAUACAGGAGGAAAAGGAGGAAACGUUUCAGAAGGUGGAUGGGUCAUGCUCUCUGUUGAGAGGUUACAGUGUACUGUAUCUACAUGUAGGGCCGAGCGUCUCAGGAAGCAUCUUUGAAACAGAUGGGUUAACUAACGUAGAAUGAUUGGGCCGUUUAGGUUAUUCAGUCUAGCGCAGAGUUCAGUAUGAAGUACGGAUGGGUUAGAUUCAAUUAACCGAUUGGGGCCUUUGAUUCCAAAAAUGAAGGAAUUGAUUCGGAAGCAUCUACCUAUGAAGAUUGUGAACCAACACCUAUCCCAAGCGUUGCAUGGGUCACGUUCAUUAAGCAUCAAAUGCAAAGAAACAAAGUGGGACUACAUGGACAAAAAACAACAACAUUUGUUCAGUUCUGUUGCAGAACAUUUUAAAGUGUUUUCUGUUGGGUGCCCUAACGAAUGCGAUUGUGAUUGGGCGUUUUGCUCGUUAAGCCGAGUGAAGUGAUUAGUGAAAAUUCUGAUUUGUUUUGGGGUGUCGGCAUCGAUUCCAAAAUUAUGGCUAAUCGAAAAAAAAACUAUUAAAAAUGAUUUUUCCCAUUGCUAGGAGUUAUUGAUUGGGGGGUUUGGUAGGAAUUUUUAUUGAUCGGGCUCCGUCAACGAAGCGAUUCUGACAACCUUGUGUUGGACUCAUUCCUAGUAUGAAGGUAGUGAGAACUAAAACGAGGACAGUGCAUUUCAUUGUCACGACAUCCUUUAUCUAGCCUGGUUAAACCUGACUGAAUGCUAAGCCUACCUUGGUUUCCCAGGGAAGCAACCGGGAAACGUAGCUAAAUACCAGGCUAUCCCUCAUCCGCCAACCUCAAACCUAAAGACUGCAGAGACCAUCAGAGAUCAUAUUUCGUGUCCAGUUUGUGGAGUAAUAUAGAUAAUAUAGUAAUAAUAAUAUAGAGCUCAGGAAAGUUUGUCAGUCAGUAACUCAGUACUUAUAUAAGCCGCUACGGCUUUACUGUGCGUGGAUAGUUUUAUACCUAGAACGUGGAUAGUUUUACACCUACAACGUUGGAUUUACACCUAGAACGUUGGAUAGUUUUACACCUAGAACGUUGGAUUUACACCUAGAACGUGGAUAGUUUUACACCUAGAGUGUUGGAUAGUUACACCUAGAACGUGGAUAGUUUUACACCUAGAACGUUGGAUAGUUUUACACCUACAACGUUGGAUUUACACCUAGAACGUUGGAUAGUUUUACACCUAGAACGUUGGAUUUACACCUAGAACGUGGAUAGUUUUACACCUAGAACGUGGAUAGUUUUACACCUAGAACGUGGAUAGUUUUACACCUAGAACGUUGGAUAGUUUUACACCUAGAACGUGGAUAGUUUUACACCUAGAACGUUGGAUAGUUUUACACCUAGAACGUUGGAUAGUUUUACACCUAGAACGUUGGAUAGUUUUACACCUAGAACGUGGAUAGUUUUACACCUAGAACGUGGAUAGUUUUACACCUAAAACGCUCAUCUUUUUCUAUCAAAUUGACUGAAUUUAGUGGUAGUGAUAUUUACAAUGUAGAGCUCUACCCUGAUUCACAUAUAUAUAUAUUUGAUAUACUCCUGUAUUAUACGAACACAGUUCUACUGAAAUAAAACCUUCACUGUACCCACAUUGAUUCAACAUUUCACUGUAAAUGAUGCAUCGGUUUAGUGGUUGAAUUAUUUCUGUUAAAUUACGAGGAACUACUUUGUUAUUGUAUGUUUGGAGUUGCAAAUGAAAUCCUUUAAAAACAUUUUUAUUG